AUGUCAAAUGGGCGCCAAGCCUUAGCGAUCAGAGAAGAUAAGAAGAUAAGCGAUAAGGACCGACCAACUUACGGAGCACAUCGGCCGACGUGGAAGACUGGCUCCGAUUUCAUAAACACUUAUCGUAAAACUCCUAUGCGGUCAUGUUGGUCGGGUAGGGACCGACCAUGUUCGGUGCAAGUCGGCAUUUUCGGUACUCGUCUAACACUGUUCGGUAUCUCCCCAAAGCUUCCCGAAUACCUCCCUCAGACCCUAGCGCGGGUACAUGCUUAUCACCAUGCGCAUGGAGAGAUGAGAAACGACACACCUAACAUCAAGCAAACAAGAGUGGGACUGAAGGUCGAGGGGUACAGGGUGGGUGUCAGUGGGAUAUUGAUGGUUAAGGGGACUGAGGGGGAUGAGCAUAGGGCUGUGCAUGCAUGGAUGGAUGUCAAAGUUGGGUAUAUGAGCUGGGCACCUGCCUCUACCGUCAUGUGGGCCAAGCGGCAUGAGGUGGCAUUCAAGGUCGAGGUCAAGGUUGAGAAUCAUAUCAAGCACGAGCUUGCGCCCAUCAUCAUUGUGGUCGACGAGGCUGCCAAUGAAUGGCAUGCAGGAGAGGUGGAUGCUUGGUGGGCAGAGCAGGGGCAUCGGCACACCGGGCACGUAGCUGGUGCUUGCGCUUCUGGCCCGCAAACUGGUGGUGCAUGA